AUGAGUGACGCUGAGAUGGAAAUAUUUGGGGUGGCUGCCCCAUACCUCCGCAAAUCAGAACGGGAGAGGAUCGCAGCCCAGAAUUUGCCGUUUGAUGCCAAAACAGCUGUCUUUGUGCCCGACCCAAAGCUGGAAUACGUCAAAGGAAAAAUCAAAAGCCAGGACAGCUCCAAGGUCACUGUGGAGACUGAAGGAGGAAAGGUUGUCACCGUGCAUCUGGAUGACAUUCGGCCCAUGAACCCUCCUAAGUUUGACAAGAUCGAGGACAUGGCCCUGCUGACGCAUCUCCACGAGCCAGCCGUGCUCUUUAACCUCAAGGAGCGCUACGCUGCCUGGAUGAUUUAUACCUACUCGGGGCUCUUCUGUGUGACUGUGAAUCCUUACAAGUGGCUUCCAGUCUACAACCCGGAGGUGGUCGCCGGGUACCGAGGAAAGAAGCGUCAGGAGGCCCCCCCACACAUCUUCUCCAUCUCUGACAACGCUUACCAGUACAUGCUGACAGAUCGAGAGAACCAGUCCAUCCUGAUCACUGGAGAAUCCGGUGCCGGGAAGACGGUCAACACCAAGCGAGUCAUCCAGUAUUUUGCAACAAUUGCAUCAUUCGGAGACUCCAGCAAGAAGGAGCAAGUGUCCGGAAAAUUGCAGGGUACUCUGGAGGAUCAAAUCAUCCAGGCCAACCCUCUGCUGGAAGCUUUUGGGAAUGCCAAGACUGUGAGGAAUGACAACUCGUCACGAUUUGGAAAAUUCAUCCGCAUCCACUUUGGAACAAAGGGGAAGCUGGCAUCUGCUGAUAUUGAAACGUACCUUUUGGAAAAGUCCAGAGUGACUUUCCAGCUGCCAGCAGAGAGGAGCUAUCACAUCUUCUAUCAGAUCAUGUCAAACAAGAAGCCUGAUUUAAUCGAGAUGCUGCUGAUAACCACCAACCCUUAUGAUUACCCAUUUAUCAGCCAGGGAGAGAUCACGGUGCUGAGCAUCGACGAUACAGAGGAGCUGAUGGCCACAGACAGUGCCAUUGACAUCCUGGGCUUUAACACGGAGGAAAAGGUCGGCAUCUACAAGCUGACGGGUGCUGUGAUGCACAACGGCAACAUGAAGUUCAAGCAGAAGCAGCGGGAGGAGCAAGCCGAGCCCGAUGGCACUGAGGUGGCAGACAAAGUCGCCUACCUGAUGGGUCUAAACUCUGCUGAUUUGCUAAAAGCGCUGUGUUACCCUCGAGUGAAGGUUGGGAAUGAGUAUGUCACCAAAGGUCAGACUCCACAGCAGGUGAACAACGCUAUGGGUGCUCUGUCUAAGGCCGUAUACGAGAAGCUGUUCCUGUGGAUGGUCACCAGGAUCAACCAGCAGCUCGACACCAAACUUCCCAGACAGCAUUUCAUUGGUGUCCUGGAUAUUGCAGGAUUUGAAAUCUUUGAGAUGAACAGUCUGGAGCAGCUGUGCAUCAACUUCACAAAUGAGAAACUGCAACAGUUUUUCAACCAUCACAUGUUCGUGCUGGAGCAAGAGGAGUACAAAAAGGAAGGGAUUGCGUGGGAGUUUAUAGACUUUGGCAUGGACUUGGCCGCCUGCAUCGAGCUCAUUGAGAAGCCGAUGGGGAUUUUCUCUAUUCUUGAAGAGGAGUGUAUGUUUCCAAAGGCGACAGACGGCUCCUUCAAAAACAAGCUGUACGACCAGCACCUGGGGAAAAACAGCAUCUUUCAGAAGCCCAAACCGUCCAAAGGAAAGUCUGAGGCCCACUUCUCUCUGGUGCACUACGCCGGCACUGUCGACUACAACACCAGCGGCUGGCUGGAAAAGAACAAGGAUCCACUUAAUGACACUGUGGUGCAGCUGUACCAAAAAGCUUCCCUCAAACUGCUCUCUCAGCUCUUUGCCACAUACGCAUCUGCUGACGCAGCUGCUGAUGGAAACAAGAGAAGCUCCAAGAAAAAGGGAUCUUCCUUUCAAACAGUUUCUGCACUUUUUAGGGAAAACCUGAACAAACUGAUGGCCAACCUCAGGUCCACACAUCCACACUUUGUAAGAUGCAUCAUCCCAAAUGAGACCAAGACACCAGGAUCCAUGGACCACCAUCUGGUGCUUCACCAGCUGCGAUGUAACGGCGUGCUGGAAGGCAUCCGCAUCUGCAGGAAGGGAUUCCCCAGCAGGAUUCUUUAUGGAGAUUUCAGGCAGAGAUAUAGGAUUCUGAAUGCCAGCGCGAUCCCUGAGGGGCAGUUCAUCGACAGCAAGAAGGCUUCAGAGAAGCUGCUGUCCACCAUUGACGUGGACCAUUCCCAGUACAGAUUUGGAUACACAAAGGUGUUCUUUAAAGCCGGCCUUCUGGGUCUUCUGGAGGAGAUGAGGGAUGAGCGUCUGGCUGUGCUGAUGACUCGAAUCCAGGCUGUGUCUCGAGGUUAUGUCACCAGGCUGAGGUUGAAGGAGAUGACGAAGAAAAGAGAGUCCAUUUACAUCAUCCAGUACAACAUCCGCUCAUUCAUGAAUGUGAAGAACUGGCCUUGGAUGAAGCUCUUCUUCAAGAUAAAGCCUCUGUUACGAAGCGCGGAGGCUGAAAAGGAGAUGCAGACGAUAAAAGAGGAGUUCGCUCGACUUAAAGAGGAGUUUGCAAAGUCGGAGGCCAGGCGGAAGGAGCUGGAGGAGAAGAUGGUUGUGCUCGUUCAGGAGAAAAAUGACCUUUACCUUCAAAUACAAGCAGAGAGGGAGAACCUGUGCGAUGCCGAGGAAAGGUGUGAAGGCUUGAUAAAGAGCAAGAUCCACCUGGAGGCCAAAGUCAAAGAAUUCUCUGAGAGGCUGGAGGAGGAGGAGGAGAUCAAUGCCGAAAUCACCGCCAAGAAGAGGAAGCUGGAGGACGAAUGUUCAGAGCUCAAACGAGACAUAGACGACCUUGAACUUACCAACGCCAAAGUGGAGAAGGAAAAAUAUGCCACCGAAAAUAAGGUUAAGAAUUUGGUGGAGGAGUUGAGCGCUCUCGAGGAAAAUCUGUUGAAGUCCUCUAAGGAGAUCAAAGCUUUGCAGGAGGUGCACCAACAGACUGUAGAUGACCUGCAGGCUGAGGAGGAUAAAGUAAACUCUCUAAUGAAAAUGAAGAUCAAGCUGGAGCAACAGGUUGAUGAUCUGGAGUGCUCGCUGGAGCAGGAGAAGAAGGUGCGAGCCGACUUGGAAAGAUCCAGAAGGAAACUAGAGGGAGAUCUGAAGCUGUCCCAGGAAACCAUCAUGGACCAGGAGAAUGAAAGACAGCAGGCAGAAGAACGACUGAAAAAAAAAGACUUUGAAAUAAGCAGCCUGCAGAGCAAAAUUGAUGACGAACAAGCCCUGAGCGCUCAGCUACAAAAGAAGAUUAAAGAGCUUCAGGCUCGCACUGAAGAGUUGGAAGAGGAAAUUGAGGCUGAACGUGCAGCUCGAGCCAAAGUGGAGAAACAGAGGUCUGAUCUGUCCAGAGAGCUGGAAGAGAUCACCGAGCAGCUGGAGGAGGCCGGAGGAGCCACCGCUGCUCAGGCCGAGCUCAACAAGAAGCGUGAGGCCGAGUAUCAGAGGCUGCGUCGGGAUCUGGAAGAGUCAACCCUGCAGCACGAGUCCAUCACUGCGGCCUUGCGUAAGAAGCAGGCCGACAGCGUCGCAGAGCUGAGCGAUCAGAUAGAUAACCUUCAAAGAAUCAAGCAGAAACUGGAGAAGGAGAAAAGCGAGCUGAAGAUGGAGGUUGAUGACAUGACAAGCAACGUGGAGAGUGUCUUGAAGAGCAAGGCUAGUCUGGAGAAAAUGUGCAGGAGCCUUGAAGACCAAAUGAAUGAACACAGAACCAAAGCAGAUGAAGCCCAGAGGUCCCUUAGUGAUUAUACUACCCUCAGUGCUCAUCUCCGAACAGAAAAUGGUGAACUUACACGUCUCCUGGAAGAGAAAGAGACCGCUCUUUCACAGCUGAGCAGAGCGAAAUCUGUGGGGAGUCAGCAAAUCGAAGAGCUGAAGAGACUUUUGGACGAGGAAAUUAAGGCAAGAAAUGCUCUGGCUCACAGUUUGCAAUCAUGUCGUCAUGACUGUGAGCUGCUCAGAGAGCAGUACGAGGAGGAGCAGGAGGCCAAAGCCGAGCUGCAGCGAAGCCUGUCCAAGGCUAACUGCGACGUAGCUCAGUGGAGAACCAAAUACGAGACGGAUGCCAUCCAACGCACAGAGGAGCUCGAGGAGGCCAAGAAGAAGCUGGCUCAGCGGCUGCAGGAGUCUGAGGAGAUGGCAGAGGCUGCAAAUGUCAAAUGUGCUUCGCUGGAGAAAACUAAGCAGAAGCUGCAGGCGGAGGUCGAGGAUCUCAUGGUUGAGCUGGAAAGGUCAAACGCAGCCAAUGCCACGUUAGACAAGAAACAGAGGAACUUUGACAAGGUUCUGGCUGAGUGGAAACAGAAAUAUGAGGAGAGCCAAUCAGAUCUGGAAGUCUCCCAGAGAGAGUCCAGAGUGCUGAGUACAGAACUCUUCAAGCUGAAAAAUUCAUAUGAGGAAGCUUUGGAUCACCUUGAAAACAUGAAAAGAGAAAAUAAAAAUCUUCAACAGGAGAUCUCAGACAUCACAGAGCAAGUUGGACAAUCUGCUAAAACUAUCCAUGAGCUGGAAAAAGCCGCAAAGCAAGCUGAGCAAGAGAAGAGAGACACCCAGGCAGCUCUUGAGGAAGUUGAGUCUUCUUUGGAACACGAGGAGGCCAAAAUCCUGCACCUUCAACUGGAGCUGAACCAAGUCAAGUCGGAGGUGGACAGGAAGGUGGCGGAGAAAGACGAGGAAAUCGACCAGCUCAAGAGGAAUCACCAGAGAACUGUGGACACUCUGCAGAGCACGCUGGACGCCGAGACACGCAGCAGGAACGAUGCUAUCCGGACGAAGAAGAAGAUGGAAGGUGAUCUAAAUGAGAUGGAAAUCCAGCUGGGUCAUGUCAACCGGCAGGCAGCCGAGGCGACCAAACAACAGAGAAACCUGCAGACUCAGCUGAAGGACACCCAGGUCCAUCUGGAUGAAGCCCUCCACAGCCAAGAGGACCUAAAGGAGGAAUUAGCCAUCGUAGAGCGCCGCAACAAUCUAAUGAUGGCUGAAAACGAGGAAAUUAGGGCGGCACUGGAGCAAUCUGAGAGGAGUCGAAAGCUCGCCGAGCAGGAACUGAUCGAUGUCAGUGAGAGGAUUCAGCUGCUGCACUCUCAAAACACCAGCCUCCUGAACAACAGAAAGAAGAUGGAGGCCGAUUUGGGUCAUCUGCAGUCAGAGAUAGAGGACAGCGUCCAGGAGGCAAGAAGUGCAGAUGAGAAGGCCAAGAAAGCCAUCAUGGAUGCUGCUAUGAUGGCUGAGGAGCUGAAGAAGGAGCAGGACACCAGCACUCACUUGGAGAGGAUGAAGAAGAACCUGGAGGUCACAGUGAAGGACCUACAGCAGCGCCUGGACGAAGCCGAGCAGAUAGCCCUGAGAGGAGGGAAGAAGGAGCUGCAGAAACUGGAAACCAGGGUCCGAGAGCUGGAAAAUGAAUUAGAGGCGGAACAGAAACGCACCGGCGAGGCUAUGAAAGGUUUGAGGAAAUAUGAAAGGAAAAUUAAAGAGCUCACUUAUCAGGGUGAGGAGGAAAAGAAGAAUGCAGCACGACUGCAGGAUCUGGUCAACAACCUGCAGCUCAAAGUGAAGGCAUAUAAACGGCAGUGUGAGGAGGCGGAGGAACAAACCAGCAUUCAUUUGGCCAAAUUUCGGAAGGUGCAGCAUGAACUGGAGGAAGCUGAGGAGCGAGCAGAUAUCGCAGAGUCCCAGUUGAAUAAAUUACGAGCAAAAAGCCGAGAUGUUGUUGGUAAAGGAGAAUAAGAAUCUACACAGGUACAGUUUACUUGAGAAAACACAGCACGGUCAGUUCAGUUCGGAAAAGCAGUUUUCAGGUUUAUGUGAUGCAUUUUUCACACAAGCAAAAUGAUUUAUAAUGUGGUUUUAUUAGGUUCACAAGCAGGAAAAGUGUCUUGAUCUAUAAUGGAACAUUUUAAAACCUCUACUAAUUUUGGUGUGCAUUGUUUUGUUGGGUGCAGAUGCAUUGGCAGAAUGUAACAAAAUGCAUUAAAUCAGAAAAUUAGUUUCAUUCAUGCUUUUAUUGUAUAAAAAAAAUCCCCACUAAAUUGAUAAAUACUCACCAGAACAUGUUUAAUAUUUUCUAAAGUACAGCUUUGAGGCGCUUGUACACUAAAAGAUUUGCCUUUGUGUUAUGGAAAAUGUAGGAUUCAGCAGGUUUUGGAGUCCUUACAUGUCAUUGUGUCCAUCCAUCGAAGAAGCAAACUACUAUUUGCUGUUUCAAUGUUGAUUUUAUCAUUUUGUAUGUGACAUAUUAAAUCCCUGAAGUAGUAAUUCAUAAUUUUAAAAAACACACCAACAUGUUACAUGAGCUAUCAAUUUAUUGCAUUUUUUUUAAAGCUUAUAUUUCUGAGUUUUUGGCCAUUAUUUUAGCAAAUAGCAACAGCUUUAGUAUGAACAGAAAACACACAGAUAAACAAAGUGAAGACUCUGUAGUCAUGUUUAAACAUGCUAACGUGCUGAUGUGUAACAGGGUUAAUAUCUUCACUGUCUUGGUUUAGUAUGUUAGUUUGCUCCAAUUAGCUAAUUAGCAUAAAUGGUAAAGUACAGUUGAGGCUUAUGGGAAUGUCAUUUGUCUUUGAUCCUGGCAUUUAUUUAAGGAUAAUAAAUAGCGAGUUUUUGCUGUAAUUUUUUACAAAACAGGAAAACCCUGUGAAUCAGCUCUAUGUUUAUUGGACACUACAGUUUAUAGACGUACAAUUAUGGUGUUUUUUGUCAACAAACCAAAUUUCAUAGGCGGCCAUCCAGUAACUGUGAAGACUUUUCUCUCAAGUUGAAAAUGAUCAGCUUCAUGGCUGAAAAGUCAAGUCAAAAGCAGUAGGAUUCAUUCUCUGGGAUCAUGAAUAUCUGUAGAAAUUUUCACAACAACACGUCCAAUAUUUUCAAGAUACUUCUGUCUGCUCCAUAUUGGUAGAUAAUAUUAGAGCCACACUCCGAUCACAGCUGCAAAUAUACUCAUUAGUCACCAUCUGUGACUGUGUAAAGAAAGACAGACUCGUCAGACAUGAAAAAUUAUAUGUUGAAAAGAAAAUGUCUUUUGUAAAUGCUGCAUCUGGUGCUGUUAAUCCUGGGAUGAGCCAUGUAAACAGGGACAGCUCAGCAUGUUCCAGGAAUAGUGUUCUACAGAGUGGUUAUUUAAGAACUGAAAUGCUUACAAGACACAGAAAAAUGCCAAUGAAAGUCUUUGCGUGUGUCAAACACUGUGAAAUGACAUUAAACGUAAUGGUAAAAUUUAAUCAUUUUAAACCUCUUCUCAAUUCUCCACACAGUCCCAAUUCAUUUCAUUGUACAGCAUCCAUGUUAUUCAUCAGUCGGUGGUAGAACAAGUCUGACAUCUGCAUGCUGUAAGAUGAAAAAUUCAACAGACUUAUGUUUGAAUGAGAAAGGUUUUUUUGUAGUAAUUAAAAGAAACAAAAAUACACAGACGCCGACAUUUUUGUAUGUAAGAAAUUCACCUGCACAUGUUAUAAGUUCUGUGGAAGCUGAUAUGAAUAGGAGGUAGCUCACCAACAGUGUUGUCUUGCAAUAAAAAUUCACCGCCAAAAGAUGGAGACACUUUAUUCAUGUUCAUCAGCUGUUUGGUCUCUGGAACCAAUAAAGACCCUACAGUCUGCUA